CCCAGGCUGCUGUUAUGAAACUGCUAUGACCAGACGUUUCUACCACGGACGCACUGAGACUAUGAGACCAUGUACGGUGGAAGCAGUGGAGUGGUGCAAAUCCAUGCUGGAUCCAUCUUGCAGUUCUCAUAAACGGCAGCAACAGAUGCUAAAGGCAUUUGCAAAGCACAACAAGAUGAUGAAAGAGUGCGAGAAUGGAAAAGGAUUUGACCGUCAUCUUCUGGGUCUCCUACUCAUAGCAAAAGAGGAAGGACUCCCUGUGCCAGAACUCUUCACAGACCCUGCAUUCACUAAAAGUGGGGGAGGUGGAAAUUUUGUGCUUUCCACUAGCCUGGUUGGCUACACUAAAAUUGGUGGAGCUGCAGUCCCCAUGAUACAUCAUGGCUAUGGCAUUUUCUAUAGAAUCAGAGAUGACAGAAUUGUUGUGACCUGCACUGCCUGGAAAUCAUGCCCAGAGACCGAUGCAGAAAUGCUGUGUAAGAACUUGUUCCAGUCUCUUCAGGACAUGAUACAACUAAUGGCCACAGCCCAUCUGUAGAGUUGAUAGUGACAUUACUGUGCCUUCACAUAUUGUGCAUUAUUGUAUCUGGCACUUGCUAAAUGAAAUGCUUGUCACGAAGAGCGUUAAACUCUAUGUAAAACACUUAAUGAUAUUUCAGGAUAGACGUUAAGCAGAACUAAUGCAAAACCUGUCCAUUUAAAGAGAUUUACUGCAGCAGCAAUGCAAAUUUCUUUUAAGAAUAAUAUAUCCAUUUGCACCAACAAUGCAAACGAUCAGCGUAGAACUAUGCAAUAUUAAACUAUGCCUCAACAAUGCAAAUGUAUCAGACUAUCGUGAUUUUUGGAAAAUGGAGAAUUUGUGAUGGCUUGUUUUUAUAACCUUCCUAAUGGUAGCUGAUAGAGUAUGUGAUAAUCCAGUGAAGUUUAUUUCUAUGGUGCACUUAUUCUUUAGUUCAGAGUAACCAUUCCAGUGCUAAUACAGUAUGGUGCUUUUGCAAUGGACAUUGGUGACAGUUUUUAUGAUUUUUCAUUUGUGAAAGAAUCAAGGAGAAAUAUUAGAAUAACAGACUCUUCAAGUUUUAUAUAAUUUUUAUUAUUAGCUGUCUUCCAUUUUCACCAUUGGGAUGAUUUCAAAUCAAGAGCUUAUUUGUGAAUAGAGAUUAGUUUCUCAGGUGAAGGCUGAGGUCACUAUAGUUUGAAAAAUACUUUUAAAUUUCAAGAUGGUUCCUUUUCAAAAUAAAGAGAUGAAACUAGGAUGGCUACUUGCAAGUUUCCAAAGGAUGACAUACUUGUGAUGAAAUAACUACAAAUAUCACUGCUACUCCACAGAAAUUAAGUGCAAAUUUAAAACUGGCACUAAGUAUAGUCUGAUAAAACUCUCAGGAUUUUAAGCUUUCUUUGGAUUUUAAAGACUACUUUUUUUUUAUAAGCUUUGUAAUUUCUUCUUAGAAAUAAAACAAUCCAAAAAGUU